AUGCUCGCUCAUUCAAUAAUACAGGCUGUAUCGUCAACAACCACACCUUCGUGGCUCAUCAGGACUCGCUCGUUCGACUCGCUCGCACCGCCUCCUUCCCCAGCAUGUUCGACUCUCGCCGUCGCUGCUUCUCAAGGCUUAUACUCGCUCUUUCGAGUCGCACAGCUUGUCCUUCUUCUACUUAAGCGUCGCCACACGUUGCUCUUGCCGCGUAUGCCUUAUCUGGACCAGCAGAGCCAAUCACAUGAUCAGCCAUUCCCUGUCACUCGGACAUCUUCAGUUUCAGCACUCGUCUCGCCACCGACCGAUCCACCUGAUGCAUUACCUCGGCUCAUCCAAUACGACGACGAGACGGACGAGAUAUUCGACAACGAUGAAGAAACCGCAGUUCAGUUGUCAUGCCUGCAUCUUGACCUGACAGAUGACGAGCUAUUUAGCAUGAAGAAGACAAAUAGCCAGAUACUCAAGUUGGUCUCGAAGAUUAUACCUGAGUUGUCGCCAUCCGAUUCUUCGAUCAGUCGCCUCCGCACCGACAUCAAGACACAGCUGCUUAGCGCCCCCCCCCCCCCCCUUGCCGUCUAUCAAUGA